UUUAUUAGAAUCAAAAAUGAAAAUCCCAAACCAAAUUGUAUGCUACUAAUGUUAAAUUGACCUUUUAUUAGAAUCACUAAGUACCGGAUAAUUGAAUCACUUUUAUGAACAAUCUUAUCGUUUUUAUGGUAUCUCAAACUGAUUAAUUUAUAAAAACCAUUUUAUUUUUGAAUUUAUCAGUAUUAUUGUAUAUCGUUGUACAUUAUGUCAAUCAAUUAUCUUUGUACGUCGCGGCGUCGUGUACUUGUGUCAUUUAGUUUAUUCGGUUUAUUGUUCAUGAUCAGACGUAUUUUUUGAAAUGUCGACCAAACGAAAUGAUUUAACUAUAAAAGAAAAAAAAGAUAUACUCGUUCGUUUUGAUAAAUUAGAUAAAUGUUCUCAAAGAGAAGCUGCAUUAGCUCUGAAAAUUCCUCAACCAACGUUAAACAAAAUUUUAAAAAAUCGUAAGGAAAUUGUUGAACAUGAAGAACAAAAUUUGCCUCUUUCUCGAAAACGAAAACGAAAUGGACAAAAUGUUGAUGUAGAAGAAUCUUUAUUACGAUGGUUUCAGCAAGCUAGAAAUUUAAAUGUACCGGUCAGUAAUUCUAUUUUACAAGAAAAAUCUAUAAAUUUAGCUUUGCAAUUAGGUGUAGACAAUUUUAGUCCAACGAUCGGGUGGUUGACUCGUUGGAAAAACAGAAACAAUAUUGUAACAGGCUAAUAUGAAUACUAAAUUAGUAGAUUGUCAAGUCCAAUCAAAAAUAAAU